UUUUGUAUUGAACCUCGUGCGCACGCUACGCAUUCGCUUAUUAAAUUAUAAUUCCUACACAGAUUUGAUUUAGAUAACAUUCGCGAUAUCAACAGUGUAACGGCGCUGAUGAACAUACGUGUUUAUCGAGAUAUUAUUGACAUUAGUGACAACGUACGAAGAUAUAAGGGGCAAGCAAUAUCUGAACAGAGAUAGUGUUGCGCCAGAUUGGCCUCGUAAUUGUUUAUGCGAAGAAAGUCAAAGUGCAAAAUUAAGUGGAAUCCGUAAAUUAUCAUACACACAAUGCGAUUGUGGAUAUUGUUGACUGCGCUUUUAUUAGUCAUAAUACUUACGUCAGAAGUUUUUGCAAAACAUUCAAGCAAAGAUGUGGAAUCCAAAGACAAACAUGAGAAGAAAGACAAAAUCAAUGUAGAAUAUAAUACAAAAGAUAAACAUCAAUCGAAAGGAAAAGACAAACAUUCUAAAGAACAAAAAAAGAGAAAGAGUAGCUCAUUGGAACGAAAUGUCGAAACUCCUUCCGAAAAAUACUCAGAAGCAAAGAAUUCUGAUAAUGUAAAGCAGAAAUUAAAGAAUAAACGAAACAAACGUGAGGAAAAUAUUGUAAUAAGCGAGGGAGCAAGUAAAAAUUCCAAAGAUAAACCGAAAUACUCGAAAGAUAAGACGAAAACGGAAACACAAAAUAAGAGAGAUAAGAUUGUCAAAGAACAAUCUAGAGAAUCUAAGAAGCAUUUUGAAACUUCUGAUUCUGAGAUUCGCCAAAAAUCGGAGAAAAGCUUGAAGGAAGGAAAGAACAAGAAAAAAUCCAAAAAUAUUGAGAAAAUAGAAAACAUUAAAGAAAGAACAAAUGCUGAGGUUCAAAACAAAAAGGUAAAGCGUUCUAAAUCAGAGUAUUCUAAAAACGCUCAAGAUGUUGUUGAGAAAAAAAGUAAAGAGACAAAGUAUGAUAAAAAGAAGAAGCAAGAAAUACCAAAAAAGACGGAGUCCGAAACAACUAAGGAAGAAUUAAUCGAAACUGAUUUGUUAUCUGAAGAUUCCAAGCAAGAAAAAAACAUGCACAAGAGCAAGAAGGAGAAGCAAGAAGCUCAGGAAAUAUCGAAGGAAUGUAAGAAAAAUGAAAAAAAGGAGACAGUGCAAGAGGAAGAGGAAGAGGAAGAGGAAACCGAGGAGAAACAAGUGGAAAAUCCUAUCGAAGAAGAAGAAACUGUAAAUAAAGUUGAACAUUUAAAAGAAAAAGAAACGAUAGAACAAAGCCAGACAGAAAACGAAGAAAAUUGUCCAGCUCAGGACGACGAGUGUACAAGAUCGGAGGAAUAAUAUUUUGAUACAACAUUUAAAAAAACACUAAAUUAUCGAACAAUGAAGAACACUCAUAAACUUUAUAUUAAUAUAAUAUAUUUAUGUUA